AUGUUCCAAACUCUUGCCCGUGAGAUCCAGCUUUGCUAUGGCUUUGUGCGUCGAGACCUGGGAACGGGGCUGCUCCCCGUCCCAGGCUUCACUCUGGCUUCUCUCCUCUACCGCAAGGCCUCGGGGGAGGAAAUGAUCCCCGCCAUUGGACAUGCCUUCCUAUAUGGCUUCCUGUAUCUCUACACCUUCGUCGUCUCCAAUCAGAUCACGGGCGUGCACGAGGACAAGGUCAACAAGCCGGACCGUCCCAUUGCAUCCGGGGCUGAGUCCGUCUCAGCGGCCACGAUCCGAUACUGGACCCUCACCACUCUGUAUCUUGCCUACGGAUACUCGCUGGGGGUCUGGGAAUGGGCCCUCCUCUGGAUCGUCACCACCAUCGCCCACAACCCCCUGGGCUUCUCCAACUUCGGUCCCACCAAGGACCUCUGCAUGGGGCUGGGAUGCAUUGCCCAGCUCAAGGCAGCGUGGGCCCUCGGGGGCUCUCCACCCCAGAUGGGAUGGGAGUGGAUCAAGAUAAUCACCCUGUACAUGCUGUGGCCCAUUCCCCUGCAGGACCUCCGCGAUGUUCCGGGGGAUCUGGCUGCAGGACGCCGCACGACGCCGAUAUUGCUGGGAGACGUGCCUGCUCGUGUCUACAUCUCUGCUGGCAUUAUCGUGUCACAGUUCCUCCUGAUCAAAUACCGCAUCCUGGAGUACCGCUACGACACCUCCACCCUCGCCCUCUCCGCCGCGCUGGUGCUGAUGACCGCCGGCUGUAUCUUCCGGCUGUUCGCCUUUCGGUCCCUGACCAGCGAUCGAUUCUCGUACUGGCUGUACACGGUUAUCUACGUGUUUCAACCGUUGUCAGCGGCGAUUACGCUGCGCUAG